GAAAGGAGACACUAAAGAAACAUACAAUGAUCCACACUGCAGAAAAAACUUUUAUUUGUAACAUUUGUGGGAGAGGAUUUUCCCUACUGAAAGGUCUAAAGACCCACAUGUGUGUUCACACCGGGGAGAAACCAUUUGUCUGUAGCGUUUGCAGCAAAGGUUUUGCGUUACAAGAAAAUCUAAAGCGACAUAUGUGCUCUCACACUGGAGAGAAACCCUUUAUUUGUAGCGUUUGCAGUAAAGGGUUUUCAUUACGACAAAAUCUUAAGAUUCACAUGCAUGUUCACUCAGGAGAGAAACCAUUCAUUUGCAGUUUUUGUAGUAAAGGAUUUUACCGACAUGGAGAUCUAAAGAGACACAUGAGCGUCCAUACGGGAGAGAAGGCAUUUAUUUGCAGUGUUUGCAGCAAAGGAUUUUCCCAACAGAUUCAUUUAAAAAAUCACAUGCGCGUUCACACAGGAGAGACACCGUUUGUCUGUGGUAUUUGUAGUAAAGGAUUCUCACUACAAGAGAAUCUUAAGAGACACAUGCAUGUUCACACAGGAGAGAGACAGUUCAUCUGUGAUAUCUGCAGUAAAGGGUUCUCACAACAAGGGACCUUAAAGAGACACAUGAGUGUUCACACUGGAGAAAAACAGUUUGUUUGCAGUGUUUGUGGAAAAGGUUUUUCGAAGCUAAAUUAUAUGAGAAGCCACAUGGAGGUACACACCGCGCCAUUUAGCUGUGCUGACUGUGGUAAACGUUUUGUGAACGAACUCCUGUUAGAGCGACAUAUGAAAGUCCACACACUAGAGAGGCCGUUCGGUUGUGAUGUCUGCAAAAGCAGAUUUAAUCAAAAGUGUCAACUUCAAAAUCACAUGAGAGUCCAUUCAGGAGAGAAACCGUUUGUUUGCCCUGUGUGCAGUAAAGGAUUUUCACAGCAUGGUAAUCUAAAGAGACACAUGAGUGUUCACGAGGGCUGCAAAUAACGACUAUUAUGAUUAUCUUAACAUUUAAGAGUUCCAAUUAGUCAAAAACUUGUAUAAUUUGAUAGGUAAUAUUUGCGUACCUCUUUAAGCCCCUAUUUCAUCAAUGAAAUUUCCACUUUCUUUCCUCUUGGAUUGCAUACUAACAGUCGAAAUGUUAGUAAAUGCAUCAUUGCUUUAAAUGCAUCAGGCUUUAGAUUUUCCUAGUUUUGAGGAGUGACGAGGAAGUCAAUACAACACGAUUGCAGCUAUUUUACUCCACUGAACCACAUACAUGUACAGAAUAUAACAUUCCGCUUACAUGUAUGAGAUUUGGGGAAAAUGGCAUGCCAGUUUCAAAAGUGGCUGAGAUAAGAAGAGACGGAGCAGACUGAACUUCGUAAGGAAGCGUAGGUCCUUCAUUGUUCAUAUCUAAAUAAUUGACAAAAAUUCACUUGCCCUUAUUACAAAUAGCCUGAAAUCAGAUUAGACUUUUGAGUUGUUUUUUUUCCUCCACUGAUUAAGAUUCAAACUUGCAAAUGUUUGAACAAAAUCAAGUCUUUACAAUAUUUCUUUAACACCGGAUAAGGGAGUGGUUGGUUCAUUGUGUUUAGACUGACAAAUGAAUUCAGACACAGGUACAAUAUACCAGGUCACCUCUGCAGGUGAUCUGAGGAAAACCUUACUUAAGCUGUAGGUUGGACACCUUUGAGAUUGUUUUCAGUUCAAAUUGUUAUAACUCAAAGUCUUAACAUGCUUGAAAUCCCAAUUAGUUUCAUGAGUAAACUACCUAUAUAACACCAGUUAGGCUUCAUCAUAUGUCCAGUGAUGUUCCAGAUACUUGCACUAAAAGUUUAUCUGAAAAGGGAACUCUUAAAGUAAAAGUCCCAUUAGAAAAAAACUAUGUUCUGUGUUCUAGGCAUAUAUCCAAUAGAAUUUAAACAAUUGCGGAAGACAACUACAUUGAUAGACUACGGACUUCUUGAAGCCAGAAGAUCUGUUGCACUAUGCUGGAGGAGCAUGGAAGCCCCCUCCAUGGGACUCUGGAGGAAAGAAGAGCAAGCUCAAUCAGACUGGAAAAACUAACAUACAUUCUCCCAAUGAGUUUGUCGUUAUUGUGUCAUUAUUUUGGGAUGAUUGAUGAGCUACAAUCACAAGAGAUACUGAAAAAUUGGUCAGUUUUAGUUUGGUUUGAACAUGUGAAAUUCAGUUAUUUUUUAUUAGUAAUCUACAUCAUAUCAGAGGAAGUCCUUAUAUGAUUUCAAUUACUUUUGAAAUAAUACUUUAAAUAAUUAAAUUGUGUGAUUUAUAAUCCAUAAUUAAUGCAUAAAUGUUAGAUUGUUUUGCAGCUAAUAUGGCAGUUCUGUCAAUUUCAAGUAUAUGAUUUAGAAAUAAGGGGCUGUGCUUUAAAACCCCAUAUAAUUUUUUCCCAUCAUUUCAACAAAACUGGACCUUAACUCGAACUUAAACUAAGGGAAGCAUGACUCCGAAUUGUUUCAUUUAAACAUUUUUUUUAAAUUAACCAUAAAGGAUCAUACAAUAACUUGCCUUGCUGUUAUUCAGACAAGACCUUUUUCUGAAAAAUCAGCUGUUGUAAUCAGUUUUCUAUUUCAUGGAAUUUCAUGAAAGCUGACUCUGUACCAUAUUAGAUUCUAUAUGUUUAUUAUUUAUAUUAUUUAUUCAUGUGUUUACUUAUAUGCUUUUAUUGCCUGAAUGCUUUGUGACUGAAAUACCUGAAUUGUCCCACUGUGAAACAAUAAAAUAUAUUUUU